CGUGCGUGUGUGUGUGUUUUAAUGCGGAGGCCGUCUGGAUGAUGUGUCUGGCCGUCCCUCCCUUCCAUUGUCCCCGAUCCAGUCCUCCCCCACGAAGUUGGGGGGUGGGUGUGUGAUUUCUGUAAAUCACAACGCCCCGCAGUUGUCUGACACGGAUGCAAAGCACCAGACGGCGCAUUUUACUUUCUUCCCCAUCCUAUGGCGAAGUGGCUGGAAGUCGAAAUGGGGCUCCGAGUCGGCAGGAUCCGCAUGUAGCCAGGGCUGCAUGCGGAGGCGACGGGCUGCCUGCAACGGCGGCGGGUCCUCCUCGGACCCGGACCGACGGCUUCUGCGGCGUCCCGGCGGCCGUCUCAUGCGAAACCCGGCGGCCCAUUUGCGAAGCUCCAGCCCCGCACAGUCCAAUGGUCAUUGCCCUUGCAACGGACCCCAGCCACAGGGCAUGGAUAUAUCUGAACUGGAGCUGGUUCAGAUAAUAAUUAUCCUGCUGGCGAUGAGCGUCACGGCGGCCGUGGUCGUGUGCCUUCUCAUCCACUACCGCCUGGUGGCCCUGUCCUUCCUCGGCCGGCUCGGCCACGCUCACGAAGUCCCGACGGAGGAGGCGCGACGGGGCGCGAGCGGGUGGCACAACGCCAGGCUGAAUCGACAUGGGCCGGGCCAGCCGAUCCGCGGCCUCCAGAACCACACGGCACCGGUCUUGGCGCAGCACCGCCACCCGUGUCGCCCGCGGCCCACCUCCCCCGACGUGCCGCAGGAGACCGUCAACCUGCCCCCCAUGAUCCGCUUGCCCGACGCAGAGGAAAAGGAGCGCCGCAAGACUCCCCGCUGCUUCCGGCAACAUCCGGAGCCGAGGUGCUCCUGCAUUUGCGCCCCUCCCAACCGUAACGUCCUCACGGACAAUUACGGACACAGCCCGCUGGCAGCCAAAAGCGAGUCGGGAAGCGGCGGCGAGAGGUCCCAGAGCCCCCCGCCCUUCUACAGUGUGACUAUAGAAGACUCCUACUGUCAAAGUCCUCUCCCGAGUCCUAAAAGGUUGCAAACAAGCUGGAGCGCCAUUGAAAACACAACCUCCACUGCGGCCGUCCCUCAUAACUCCUCGGUCACCUGAGAGACUCAACCAAACGUUUUCUUUGUCAUACUUAAACGUUAUCAAAAAUGUUCUAUGCGGUGCUAAAAAAGAAAAAAAACAUCUCUUGUGUUUUUGUCUAUUUUUGUAAGCUUUUCUUUCUCGAUGCUUUUUGACUCGGUGCCCUGUCAUGACUCGCAGAAUGUACUGGGCCUCAUAAUGCUAAAGUGAGCUGAAGUUGCACAGAGGAUGCUUCUGCUUUUUUAUGAUUUUUCAAGCUGCUAAAGCUGUUUGCUUGAGUCCGAGCUGCGCAUGCUCUAUACUUUUAUCACGUUAUAGACCCAGAGGCAAUUUUCAUUUUUUUCUCAAACACUAACGGCGACAUUAAUGUCACCAUCUCAAGCACUUUUGCCUCCGAAUCGACAAAACACAGGAAGGAGGAGGACGCUUCCUCCAUAUAAGCCAUGCACAGCGAUGUACUCUUGUCGGUGCGCUUGACUUUAUCAGUGCUGACCUGAGUUCAAGCUGCAAGAAUAAAACGCUGACUUUUGAGAGAGAAAAAAUAUCCUUGUUGUUUACAUUUUCAUGUUAUUUAACAAAGAUUUUGUAUUUAUAAGGUGUAGCAGUUUACAAUAAAAAGCUGAAAGUGA